GGGCCGGCAGCUGAGGGGAAGGAAGGAGGGAGCCGCCGCGAGAGCCGCCGCCGCCGCCCUGGCCCGCGACCGGCCGGAGGAUGGAGACGCCGCCUGGAGCAGACGUCGCCGCCCGCCUCUUGGAGGCAGCCGGGGGAGAGCAGGAGGCGGCGGCGGAGGAGGAAGCGGCGCGCCGGGCCGGGCAUCAGCCGGAGGAGGAAGCGGCGCGCCGGGCCGGGCAUCAGCCGGAGCCGGCGGAGGACGCGGCGGCGGCGGCGCCAAGCGGAGGCCCUUGCCCGGCUGCCGCUGCGCCCUCGGCCCGGGCGCGGCGGGGCUGCUCGGCCAAAGCGGCUCCGGCGGCGGCGCGGGCGUCGAGGCGGAAAAAGGGCUCCACCGCCGCGCCGGGGCCUCGCCCGCGCCCCCGCCGCGCCCCGCGCCCCGUCACAGUGGACAGCUCCAAGGCGCGCACCUCGCUGGAGGCGCUCAAGCUCAGCCUGCGGCAGCUGCGCUGGAAAGAGUUUCCAUUUGGCCGCCGUUUGCCCUGCGACAUCUAUUGGCAUGCCGUGUCCUUUCACGAUAAUGCCAUCUACUCAGGCCAAGUCAACAAAUUUCCAGGCAUGACUGAAAUGGUGAGGAAGAUUACCCUCAGCCGGGCCAUGCGGACGAUGCAAGAGCUCUUCCCCGAAGAGUACAACUUCUAUCCCCGCUCCUGGAUCCUGCCUGAGGAGCUGGCCAUCUUUUUCGCGGAGGUUCACAUGAUCAGAGACACUCGACCCUCAUGGAGGCCUACGUUCAUUGUGAAACCCGAUGGUGGUUGCCAGGGAGAUGGGAUUUACCUCAUCAAAGACCCCGGCGAUAUCCGCAUGACGGGGACUCUCCAGACGAGGCCGGCGGUGGUACAGGAGUACAUGUCCAAGCCUCUCCUGAUCGACAAGCUGAAGUUUGACAUCCGCCUGUACGUCCUGCUGAAAUCUUUAGACCCGCUGGAGAUCUACAUUGCCAAAGAUGGACUCUGCCGGUUUUGUACGGAGCCUUAUCAGGAGCCGACCCUCAAGAACCUCCACCGUGUCUUCAUGCACUUGACCAAUUACUCGCUCAACGUCCACAGUGGGAACUUCGUCCACUCGGACAGCGUCAACACGGGCAGCAAACAGACGUUUUCCAGCAUCCUCGACCGGCUCUCUGCCAAAGGUGUCGAUGUCCGGAAGGUCUGGUCAGACAUCAUUUCGCUGGUCAUCAAGACGGUGAUUGCGAUGGUCCCCGACUUGAAGGUUUAUUACCAGUCUGAUAUUCCCACCGGGAAACCAGGGCCGUCUUGCUUCCAGAUUUUAGGGUUUGACAUUCUCCUGAUGAAGAACCUGAAGCCCAUAUUGCUGGAAGUCAAUGCGAACCCCAGCAUGAAAAUUGAGCACGAGAAAGAGGUUUCUCCAGGAGUUAUUGAGUACAUCCCAAGCCCUGUUGAUGAAGAAGUCAAAGUCGCUGUCAUCCGGGACACCCUCCGGCUAGUGGAUCCCCACAAGAAGAAGAAGGAAGAAAAAUUAGCUGAGCCUCCUCAGCCCGAACUGCAGGAAAAAGAUGACCUACUCGAAGAAGGAUCAGUGGAAAACCCACAGCUGGAUGGCAGCAAAGACCCGGAAGCUGCUGUACCCUCCAUUUGCUUGAAGCAAGUGUUCCCGAAGUAUGCAAAACAAUUUGACUACCUACGGCUGGUGGACCGGAUUGCGACUCUGUUCAUCCGUUUCCUGGGUGUGAAAGGGACAAUGAAAUUGGGGGCCACAGCUUUCCGCAUGUUUAUAAGAAACAGCAAGAUCAGCAACAGCGGCUUCAGCAUGGCAGCUGCAGAUAUCCUCUACAUUGACAUCACCCGGAGGGGAAGUGGAAGCCUCAGCAUGGACCAGCGGGACACAGGGAUGGGCCUGCAGGCUUUUGUUGAAGCAGUCUGUUUCCUGGCCCAGAGGAGGUAUAAGUCUCUCUCCCUGCACGAGCAGGUGGAGCUGCUGGUUGACUUCUGCGAGUUCAACUUGGCUGCCUGGGACGAGAGGCGCCUGAGCUGCAGCCGUGCUGUCCCCGAACGGCGCAUGGCCCUGGUGACUUGCCAGCAAGACGGACUCCACCUCAGCCCUGCUACUCCAACGCCGCCUCAGUUCCACAGCACCACAGCCCAUAAAUUGGUUAAUUAUAGAAGCCCCCGUCCCUGAAGAGACUGCAUUUCAUUAGGGGGGGUGGAAAAAAUGAAGGUCUGACAGACCUGAAGCCUUCAGCGCCGUGGGAGGCCAGAUGAGCGCCAGAGCCCUCCUGCCUCAGAGUCACAUUUUUAUUUAUUGCUGCUGCCCUGAUCGAUGCUCCUCCUCCCAGAUCUUUGGAGUGCAGCGUCUGGCUUCCAAAUGGCGGCUGUCUGGGUGAGGGCUGGCUGUUUAUGGAGUCCUGGGAGAGUGGGAAUGGCAAGGUGAUGCUGUCCUGCAUCCUGGAUCCUACGAAAGAAUCUCCCACAAAGGCCAAGCCUGGCUGGCAACAUUGCACUAGCCAGCAUCACGGAACCGACGCCGGAGAAGAAGAGCGUCAGUGGAGAAGAGAAUCCAGCCGCCGCAGCUACGCCUUGCAGAAGUCUUAAGUGGCCCAGGAGAAAGAGGCUACUAUCAUUGAGCUUUGCACGGUGGGAUUUGGAAAGUGUGGAAAAGGGUAGAAAUUGUAGGUUUUGGUGGACUAAAAUCCUAUUUAUGUCUUUCAGCCAAGUUGUAAGGGCUUGUUUCAUUCCGAAGGUCUGGGGGAGGGCAGGUCCCACGCCCGGCAUGGCUUGUGAGUUGGAACUCUGUUGCAUGCAGAAGUUCUCAGCAUCUUCCCUUGAAAGAGUUGGAGCUGGGAAAGGGCCUUCCCAUUAUUGCCUUAGGGUGCUGCUGCCAGCCCAAACUUCAGAUCUUUACAUCCAGUGCACACAAUUCUCAGCUUUGUGGGGGCAGUGGGGAGGGGAUGCGGAGGGGCUUCUCGCUUUCGGAAAAUGAGCAGCCACAGAGCUCUGUGUGAGCCCUGGUACACCUUUAGUGCUGCAGAGGCAAGACCUUAGUCCCAGGUAGCCAAGGAGUCCGUUAGCUCUCCACAUGAGCACAUUGCUUAGGGUCCGAGCCCAUUGGCUUUCGGAGCCUCCCAAAGGAAGGCUGCCGGCAUAUCCUAUGAUCCCUCAAUGGCUCUGGGCGAUUGUGUGAAUUUGUGCUGAGUGCAGAAUUCAGCAUUCCAAAAAUACAAGCUUUCAUUAAAACAAAAGCAACGGCAACAAAAGGAAUCUUCUAGGCCUCAAAGGUGAAAAGUGUGUAUGCAACAUCUGACAAAAUCUGGGAAGCUACAAGUGUGUGCGUGUGUGUAUUUGUGUAUCAGUGCCCGAGUGGAAUCUCCACAAAAAUUGGGGCAGUGUGUGUGGGGCUUCAGCAUCCCACGUAGUUCCUUGCCGUCUCCCCAUGGCGACCAGAAGCAAAUAUGUCUUGCAAAGCAGGCAAAUUUGCUUUACAUGUGCAUACUUUUUCUAAAACAGGUUGCAGAAUUUUAUUUGGGUCCCCACCUGCACAAGGAGUUUUGAUUUUCUUCUGGCUUAGAAUAUAAAGUGCCUUGCACCUGAAUCAUCUCCUACCUUUCACAACAUUGGUGCCUCCAAAAGUGAUUCAAAGUGGAAGCAAAGAGAAGGUGUUUUGCGGGGCUUUAAGUUUUGUUCGUGUCAGGCUGGCCCCACACAGAGGAGACGUGCUGUGCCUGUCUAUGCACGCUGGGUGCAUCACGUAGAAAACACUGAGGCAGAGGCCGAAGCCGCCAUCAUAAUGUGCUUGGGAGGAGGAGUGGUGCCUCUAUCACCUGGGGGCGGGCAGGGCAGGGGGUUGGCAGCGCACCAUAUCUUGGAGGAAGGUAAGAGAAGGCUGCCGAUCCACUAGAGGAGACAGUAGAGGAAACGGGUCUCUUCUGGCAUUGUCUUGGGUUGACAGCUUGCCCGUUUUCUCGAGAGCUCUUUGCCAGUGGUUGCCCUCCUCCACAGCUCUUGCCAGCCUGGCUCCUCCAUGCAGCUGGUUUGCUCUCCUAAUAAAUGUUUGAGUCGCCGCUGGGCAUCUUUUCUCUUUGCGUUUGGCAUCUUUGGGCCGACGCAGCUUAGUAGCCGACGGCCUUCCUGCAAUGCACAAUCCCAGCAGGCUUUGCAAGUGAUUGGAAUAGCGCAAAGGGACAGAGAGCCAAUCUAUAACGCUAAGUGUCCCACCGGCUUCCCUCGCCACCCUCUCCCUGAAACGCAGCCCAUGGCGAUCCCCAAGCACCCCCCUCUUUUUCCUAAGCCCAAAGUGGCUCAACUGGCUGCACGUCUUUUUAAAAAGGAAACUGGGAACCCCAGUGUCUCGCAGGCUGUGACACCCACGUGCCUCCACAUGUGCAGUGUCAGAAGCAGCUGAGGCCAGUCCCUCAGCAUAGAUGGGGCACUGCCCCACCAGCCUCCACCUGCCCUCAGCCAGGCCCCGUCUGCCAGCCUUCUUCCUUACAUCCGGUCCAGGGUGCAGCCCUGGCUGUCAGCUUCCUCCUCCCUAAGUCUCAGUGGUGCCCCUUGUAGAACUCAGCAGGGAGGCAGAUGGGGACAAACUAAGUUCUGCCUGCCACUGGCACUGGUGCCACCUACUGGUUGGGCUCCCUGCCUUCCGCCCCCCCCGACCCCAUCCCAA